UUUCCUUAUCAGCCUCAACUACGACAUAAACGCCGGUGGCCGAAUUAAGUAACAGAAUUAAGUAACAGAAUUGAGGGGAAAGUUCGUCUCUCCUGCUAAAGAAAAAAAAGUUAGAGUCCUGACUCAACAAAGUUUACUUCAGAGAGCUGCGCAGGAAAAAAAAAACUUUUAGUGGGAUCCCAAAACUCGCAGGAAGUUUUGCUCGUUAGGACAUUCCUCGGGGGAUUGCAAAAGGGGCUUUCAUUCAGAUUAGUCUCUUGAUGCUUUUUCACGUGAAAGAGCCUUUAUAAGAGCGUCGUGUCGUGGCAGACGGUGGUACACGACACAGACACGACAGCAGGAGGAAGUUUUGUGCAAAGUUUUUUUGUUUGUUUGUUUGUUUGUUUGUUUAAUUUCGUGCAUUUUCACAACAUGGCAGCGUACACGCUACCGGAGGGCUUCACGGAGUUCGAUAUGUUUACAUUCGGCACGGCGCUGCUGGUCGGGGGUCUCCUGGGAUUCUUCCUCAAUGCCAUCAGCAUCGUGUCGUUCCUCACGGUGAAGGAGAUGAGGAACCCCAGCAACUUCUUCGUGUUCAACCUCGCUGUGGCCGACCUCAGUUUGAACAUUAACGGACUGACAGCUGCGUACGCGAGCUACGUCAGGUCUUGGCCGUUUGGUCAAGAUGGAUGCUCCUUCCAUGGUUUUCAGGGGAUGAUAGCAGUCCUGGCGUCCAUCAGUUUCAUGGCUGCCAUCUCUUGGGACAGAUAUCACCAGUACUGCACCAGACAGAAGCUCUUCUGGAGCACCACUCUGACGAUGAGCGGCAUCAUCUGGAUUCUGUCCAUCUUCUGGGCUGCCGUUCCUCUGAUGGGAUGGGGCGUCUAUGACUUUGAGCCCAUGAGGACCUGCUGCACGCUGGACUACACAAGAGGGGACAGGGACUACGUGACCUACAUGCUGACUCUGGUGGCGCUCUACCUGACGUUCCCAGCUAUCACCAUGUUCUCAUGUUACGAUUCCAUCCACAAACACUUCAAGAAGAUUCAUCACCACAGGUUUAACACCAGUAUGCCCUUGAGGGUCAUGCUGAUGUGCUGGGGCCCCUACGUCCUCAUGUGCAUCUACGCCUGCUUCGAGAACGUCAAGGUCGUGUCUCCAAAACUAAGAAUGGUGCUUCCAGUUGUGGCAAAGACGAACCCCAUCUUCAACGCCCUCCUCUACUCAUUUGGAAAUGAGUUCUACCGAGGCGGCGUGUGGCACUUCCUCACCGGACAGAAGAUCGUCGAUCCGAUGGUCAAGAAGUCGAACUGAAUGUAAUUGUUCUGGCACGAGUCCUAAACUGUGAUUUCGUCUUAUCGUAGGUUCCUCAUUACUCACUGGUCUGGUGUUGUGCAUGUUAAUGAGCCAUUGACAGUAGCUGUAGCUGAAGCUCGAGACAGUCUCUACAUCUGGAACGGCCACAGUAGCCUCAUGCUGGAUUCCUGUAAAUCUCCGAAAUGUGUUGCAGGUACUUUAUCCAUUUUCAAAUUGUUGUAUUUAUCUUACAGCCGUUUGUGUUUAACCUGCACUGCUCCUCCGUCCGUGUUUUGACCACUUACAAUAAACACAUUGUGUUGCUGCUC